ACGGGACAACGCAGGCGCGGGCGGCGGGCGGGGGUGGCGGCCUCGUCGCGGUGCGGGCGGCCCAUGGCCGUGGGCGGCGGGCCACGAUGACCGACUACAGCGAGGAGCAGCGCAACGAGCUGGAGGCGCUGGAGUCCAUCUACCCGGACUCGUUCACGGUAUUGUCAGAAAAGCCAACAACUUUCACAAUCACUGUGACAUCUGAAGCUGGAGAAAAUGAUGAAACUGUCCAGACAACCCUUAAAUUUACCUAUAGAGAAAAAUACCCCGAUGAAACUCCGCUGUAUGAGAUUGUCUCACAGGAAAAUCUUGAUGAUAAUGAUGUCAUGGACAUAAUAAAACUGCUAGAGCAGCAGGCAGAAGAAAAUUUAGGAAUGGUUAUGAUCUUCACUCUGGUCUCAGCGGUACAGGAGAAAUUAAAUGAAAUAGUGGAUCAAAUAAAAACAAGAAGAGAAGAAGAGAAGAAACAGAAAGAAAGAGAAGCAGAAGAAGAAGAGAAACAACGUUUUCAUGGCACUCCUGUUACCAUUGAGAAUUUCCUUAAUUGGAAAGCCAAGUUUGAUGCAGAGCUUCUAGAAAUAAAAAGGAAAAAGAUGAAAGAAGAAGAGCAAGCGGGCAAAAAUAAGCUAAGCGGUAAACAGCUGUUUGAAAUGGAUCAUAACCUUGACACCUCUGACAUCCAGUUCUUGGAGGAAGCUGGAAACAAUGUGGAGGUUGAUGAAUCUUUAUUCCAAGAAAUGGAUGAUUUAGAGUUGGAGGAUGAAGAGGAUGACCCUGACUACAACCCUGUUAAUUUAGAUAGUGAUUAGACUUAUUUGAACUGAUUCUGUCAUCAGUAUGGACAUAUGUAAGGAGAGAGGGGCAAGCAGGAAAGCCACAGCAUCUGUGGUUUUAGUAAUGUGUAUCGUUUUUCUUUUUUCUUAAUUUUUUUCCAAAGAAAAAAACAACAUAUUUUAAAUCCAGGAGAAUGGUCUUCUGAUGACUUUCAGUAUAAAUAAAUUUACUUUAAUAUUUCAAAUGAAAAAUUUGAGAAAUACUGAUCUGUCUGAAAACGCUUUUCUAUUUUCUCUAAUUUUUUUCCUCCGUACUUCUGUAAUUGUCCUUUGAAGGGAUGUGGCAACAUGCAAGAUGGGAAGAUGUUACAGCAAGCACUAAACACACCUGCAUCUGAAUGCUGAGCAGCUGUUCUGCUGUCUUCCACCUGGGAUAAACAUGGGCAGCUUUGGUGAAUAAAAGGGAUCACAUGCUAUGCAGGGUUUUUUUUUUUUGUUUCUUCCUCCUGUGGAAUUUUUUAAUAAUUCAAGUCAGUUCUGGUGCCCCAGUUUGUCAGCUGUAGAUAGACAGCACUAGGCACCUUUGUUGUAUAGCCUUAUUAAAGCCUAGUGGAAACCAUUUCCAUACAAUUCAAUUGUUUUUCCAUAGUCAUGAAUAAUAUUUUCAAAAUGGUGAAUUCAGGUCAGUAGGGGGGAAAAAAAAUCAGAAUGUGAAAUCCUCUUGAAGUUUGGUUGAUUUGUUCAGAGAGGGCUUGGGUUUUUUUGAAUGUGUGCCUCAAUGAACUUCUAUGAAAAAUCAAAAUCCACAUUAGGAAGAUGAGUUUGCUUUUGGCAGCGAACUGUAUCAAAACACUAUGAGUGGAGUGCACAUUACAGCAGCAGGAUUUAUAGAGUGCUCUAUAGAUUUGAAUGUAAUUGGUGUAGUUUCAGAAGCAUUGUGUUGGCAGCCUGUGAAGGUUAGCACAGAAUGCAGUAAAGCUACACAUCAAUUUGGGGAUGUUGCCCAUCCUUCAGAGUUGUUUCUGGAGCUAACAGCUGUUAGAGUCCUCUCUUACCACCUCCAAACAGCCCAAACACUGCAAGAACUGCAGUGUUUAAACAUGCUGUGUUUGAAACUGCAGCGCUAGAAGGAUGAUGGUGUCAAAAGACAGCUUUCCAAAUAGACAGGCACUUCAACGAUUAAACACUGUGUGCUGAAUUUUAAACACUGUUAGUAGACUGCCUUAACUGUGCCAGCUUCAAUCUUUGAAGAGGGUUGCACUAAAAUAUCACAUUGCUUAGAGGAAUAAUAAAUUUAUGAAUUUUAUUAUUUGAAAAUUCCAUACUCAAGAUGAGAAGUUUAAUUAUGAAAAUAAUUUAAUGGUUAUAAUAUUCUCUGCUCAUAUCGCUCAAGAACAUCUGUUUUGGAUGACUUCCUUUAACCUGUUUUUUUUCCUUUUUUUUUUCAUUCAAGGUGAAUGAAUUUCUAGUAGAUAGAAAUAAGUGUUCAAGUACCCUGUAAAUACUUUUAUAAAUUAACCAUGUGCCUUUGUUCCUACUGUUGUCCCUAUGUUCUUUUCAAUUUUGGCUACUAAGAACUCUAGAUAAGCAUCUGUGUCUCAAUGACAAUGCUUUAUGUUUCAAAGCAAUAAGCAGAAUCUGUACUCCAACAGAGUUACCAGAUACAUUAAAAGAAUUGUGAGCUAAUGUGAUAUUAAAUCUUGUCUUUUCCAAAGAUACAGUUGGAUUGAAAUCUUCAUAGUUACUACAUCCAGCUUCCUGUGUAAUUGCUAGGAUGCUUUAAAAUGCUCUUCAGCACUGAACUUAUUUCUGGCAUGUCUCAACUCAGCUGCAUAAAGCCCCAUUUAAUUCCUAAGGCUGCUUUCCAUUUCCAGCUAUGUAUGUUUAAAACUGGUGGGUUUUUCAUAAAAUGAGUGAAUUGGAUCUCUCUAAAUUUGAACCAAAUCAAAGAAUCGUGUAGUCUGUGCAAAUGUGGUAAUUAGAAAAUUUUCCAAGUGGAUCACUGAUAAGUCAUCUGCAUAUGAAAAGAAGUUUCUCAUUAAUUAUAUUUCUAGAAUUUUGAAAUUUUCUAGUCUGUUUUCACACUAGCAUAUUUAUUGGUUUUCAUUCAGAGAAUGUAUAGCUUAAAAAUGUUAAAAUUAUGUAAAACAAGUUAAAAUGUGAAAAUGUGUUUUUGCUGUUAUAUUUCAAAGCAGAGGAAAUAAUAAGGCUUGAAGUGACAAAAAAAUUGCAUAAAGUCUGUUCCUCCAGGUCUUUAUAAGAAGUUUUAGUGACUCAGUCUGAACUGCAGAUUUGUUUAGCUUUGUUAGCAAUUAACAUCUGUGAAAUAAAAGGGAAUUUGACUGAGAGUAAGCCUGGCUGUGUGUGUUAGUUUACUGAAGUGAAUGGAGAGAAGGGUUUUUUUCUGGAAAAAGUUUAGCCGAGAUGUUUAAAUUUGCUUAUGUACUUUGGAUUAGAUUGAAAACUAAUUCUUAUUAAUUGAAUAAAAUCCCAUUUAUAAACUU